CUUGAACGACGUCGUCUCUCUCAGUGAUUACGAAUUACUUUCACUGCAACAAAAUCACUUCCGGCAGCCGCAUAUGGAAUUGCGAUUUCACUGCUUCUGUGCUGACAAACUGGGAGUGUGACGCAUUUAUCUAAGGUGCGAAUUCGCCGUAAACUGUUGUGUGUGCAGAAGAGGUUUGAAUUGCUGCCGCAAUUGCGGUUAUUUUGGUAUUGCGCGAAAUAACAGAUAAAUGCGACCAUAACUGCGGUCGCGUUGACGUUGCUGCCACAAUCGCGACGGCGAACAGUGUUUCAAAACAUCUUGUGAGUUUAUUGUAGAUUACAAAUUCACGAGGGAGAUUAAAUAAAUACGAAGUUAGGCGCUUGAAAAAUUGUUAUUCCUGAUAUGCUUAAGUCAGUACUUGAGGUAUUUAAAAGAGUUGUUGCGAGCAUUUGUCUUUUCAGUAUUGAUUGUGUGAGUGAUUAAUUACCGGCAUUUCUGCUCAGCAUGAAACGAAGAAUGAGAGAAGAGAAAAGAGUUGGGCAAUCAAAUGGAGCAUUUAAAAGUAGCUGCGUCGUUUCUUAGUUGUGUCAAACAAGUAUCCAUAUGUGCCGGGAGUGGAGCUAAGUUCUGUUUGUAACUAGGCCAUAAUUGCCAAAUUUGAGAAACCUUGUCUGGCUUUUAGUCCCACUCAAGUGAAAGAGAAAGGGAGGAAGGGGUUGAAAAGAACUCAGAAGCAGUCAUAAUUCCUUAAUGGAGAGUUCUGAAGAGGAAAAUGAUGGAGUCUCCGGAAAUCAUGUCCCCAAGGAACUGAUUCGUUUAGCAUCUAAUGGUGCAAAAUUUGUUGACGAAGUACUCAAUGGUCAAAAUGAAUGUUGUCUGGAGAGUUUUCGCAUGGAUAAACAUGUAUUUUAUAAGUUAUGUAAUAUCCUGCAAGCCAAGGGUUUAUUGCGUCACACAAAUCGAAUCAAAAUUGAAGAGCAACUAGCCAUAUUUGUGUUCAUAAUUGGACAUAAUCUACGGACAAGAGCAGUUCAAGAGUUAUUUCAUUAUUCUGGGGAAACUAUUAGUCGUCACUUUAACCAUGUUUUGAAUGCUAUAAUGUCAAUUUCACUGGAACAAUUUCAGCCUCCUGGUUCUGUUGUUCCUUCAGAAAUCUCUGAAGAUCCUAGAUUUUAUCCAUAUUUUAAAGAUUGUGUGGGAGUAAUUGAUGGUAUACAUGUACCAGUGACGGUAGGUGUAGAUGAGCAAGGACCUUUCCGCAACAAGAAUGGUUUACUUUCACAGAAUAUUCUGGCAGCUUGCUCGUUUGACCUCAAGUUCCAUUAUGUUUUGGCUGGAUGGGAAGGAUCUGCUACAGACUUGCAAGUUUUUAAUUCAGCAAUUACAAGACGGAGCAAAUUGCAGGUCCCUGAAGGUAGAUACUACAUCGUAGACAGUAAGUAUCCAAAUGUGCCAGGUUUCGUUGCUCCAUAUUCCAUUCCCUACUACAAGGAAUUUCCCAGCGAUUUCCACCCACAAGAUGCCACAGAACUAUUCAAUCAACGGCACUCAUUAUUACGAAACGUCAUUGAUCGAACUUUUGGGGCUUUAAAGGCACGAUUUCCUAUAUUGAUGUCUGCUCCUUCUUACCCAUUACAAACACAAGUGAAGUUGGUGGUGGCUGCAUGUGCAUUACACAAUUUCAUUCGCAAUGAGAAGCCAGAUGAUUGGAUUUUCAAGAUGUAUGAGCAUGGUUCAUUUCCAAUGGAGGAAUCAGAACCCCAAUUAGAAAUGGCAGUGGAACCAAAGAUGGAUGUUGAGAGCCAGACUCAGGCAUCAGAUCAUACUUUUGAUUCUGAAGAAGUUGUACAUGCUUCACAAUUAAGGAACUCUAUUGCUGCUGAAAUGUGGAAUGAUUUUAUCCAAGAUUUCCCCCCAUGGUACUCAAAUAUUUUCAUGGGACCAUAAGAAAUAUACUGACAUGGAAUUGGGAAUGAAGGUACAUAGACAGAGAAGUGACUUAGCUUGAAAGGCUAAUACAUUGCUGUCAUGUUGUGGAACUUCGGCACGUGAUUCAGUACGGUAUUCCCUAAGACAUUAUCAUAUUCCUCACAUUCUUCUGCGUUGAUACUUUUAUGCCAUUCAAUGAACUUCAAAAUGUGAAAUUACCUCCGACAAAUAUUUUUGUUACAUAGAUAAUCAUGUUAACCUUUUACUUUAAUUUAAUAGCUCCAAAAACAUUCUUAAUAU